CCAGACGAGGAGUGGCCGGAAGCGGAGAAGGCUGAGAAGUUGGCGAGAGGAGCUGCUCUGAAAUGGGCUUCAGGGGUCUUUUACCGCCCUGAGAAACUGGAGGGGCUGGGGCAGUACCGGAGCCGAGAGACGCAGAGGAACAGCUCCAUCCAGUCCCGGCUGAAGUCAACUGUCCAGUCCUACCUGGAGGGGGUAAGUGCAGGGCUGGAGCAGCUGCGGUCGGCGGCCCAGGAGGUGCAGAGCGUGUGCCAGGACCUGGGGGAAGUUUUUUCCCAUACCCUGCAGCUGCUCCGUGGGCAGCACCUCCUGGAAGCCCACGCAGAGCUCAUGAUGAUGGAGCACCUCCGGGAUGACAUCCUCUCCCAGCUGCACCUCCGCGGGCUCUCCAGUGCCCAGGCGACCGUGCUGUCCUACUUUGGUGGCCUGCAGGAGCUCAACGACAGCCUGAAAAUCGAUGACGCUCUGCUGCUGGAAGGCACCUUCCUUCCCCCCGGCCGCCCAAAGAGCUGGAGGCAGAAGUUUUACCACGUUCUCCGGGAGUCCAUCACAGGAGCCCGCUUUCAUGCCACCCACGCGGACGCUGAGGGGCCGGGGCUGGCCAAGCACCUGGCAGCGCUGCAGAAGGACGUUGUGUCCGAGCUGCGCGUGGUGAAGGACCUGAUGGUCCAGUGCGUCCCACCCCACUACAACAUCCUCGGCAUCUGCACCGCCACGUACCACCAGGCCCUCAGCAGCCACCUCCAGGACCUCCUCCGAGAGGACCUGGACAAACAGGGACUCUUCCUCCUCCUUGAGUGGGCGCUUCGUGUGUACCACAGUCCAGAGAUGAUGGGUCACCCUGACCUUGUCCCAGAAGUGGACGUUUCUGCUCUGGGUCCCUUGAUGUCCCCUGAGCUUGUGGAGCAGACGGAGAGGAAAUACGUGGUGAAGGUCAAGGCUAGCGUGCUGGAGUGGAUGCAGAGGACCCUGGAGGUGGAGUUCAAGGAGUGGUUCAGGGAAGAGGAACCCGAGACAGACCAUCAGGGCUUCUUCCAGUCAGCCCUGCCUGUCAUUGUCAUGCAGAUGCUGAAUGAGAACAUCCAGGUAGCCUCCUUGAUCACCGACUCUCUGCAGCAGAAGGUCUACAACAUGGCUUUGGAGGAGCUGGAGGCAUUUCUGGGCCGUCUGCGGGAAGCCCUAGUGCGAUGUGGGAAGGAGCACCAGAAGGACCGGACUGUACCCAAGUACUACGUCUCCUACCUGCUCGCCAUGCUCAACAACAACCUGGCUCUCGGCUCCUCUGUCUCCUCCCUGCAUCCCGACACUGCCCGCAGAGAAGUCCCCGCGUCCCUCCGGGCUGCUCUAGACAGGACGCAGAAGAAAGCCUGCCAGCUGCUGCUGGAGGAGCUGCUCCUGGACCUGCAGCCCCUCUGCCUGCAGCUGCCGUCCCGCAAGUGGCUCUCGGGGUCCCAGCUCGUCAGCAGCAUGUGCGAGGUGGUUGACAAGUACGUGAAGGACUUCUCCCGCGUCAGGAAACCCGUCUGCACGGUAGGGUUGCUGCGGGGUGCUCCCCGCAUGGCUGCUUGUCUGUAGGGCAGGUGGGUGCCACGGUGGGGUGUGGGAGGCAGCCCAAAGGCGACGGGGAGCAGGGAUGCAACCAGGUUGCUCCAAGCCUCAUCCAGCCUGGGUCUGGACCGGAGCCAGCAGAGCCUGGAGGCCAUCUUUGCCCUUCGGGAGCUGAUCUGCCUCAAAGACCCGGCGCUGCUCAGCCUGGAGGUGCUGGGCUUCAUCACCAAGUACCCCGACGCCAGCGACGAGCACAUCUCCACCUUGCUGGAUCUGCGGGGCGACGUCUCCAAGGAGGUGCGGCACGUGGUGCUGGAAAUGAUGGCGCAGCACCCCCAGACCCUCCCCGAGAGCUACCGGCCCAUCUUCAGCACCAUCCUGGUCCCCGCGCCGGAGCUGCCCUUCUGCCUGCGCAAGGGCAAGUGCGCCUGA